GCUCGCUCUCAGUGUCAUGGCGACCAACAUCGAACAAAUUUUCCGGGAUUUCGUUAUGAAUAAAAUCAAAGAAAUUGAAGACGAAGGUCAGCCUACUGGAGUGACGAGUGAGGGGCAUCCCAACGGCGGCGUGUCUCAUUCUGGCCUGGGAAAGAAGGCCGCUGAUCCAAUGGAGAGCCAGGGGGAGACUAACACACCCCCCCACGCAGCAGAAGCUAUGGAACGUGCCAGAAAUGCACAAAUAGCAGAGGAGGGUGAGGCCUCCGAGAACGCACCCGCUGUGGAGGAGCUGGCCGGCAAGGAGGGCAGCGAGACCCCGCGCAAGAAAAACAAGAAGCACAAGCGACACAAGAGCAAGAAGAAAAAGAGGAAACGCAAGGAGGAGAAGGAGAGCAGCUCUGAGUCGGGGGCAGAGUCGGACGGAGAGGCGCGAGGCCGGACCAGUGUGAAGACUGAAGCCCCAGCUGAUGACCAGGCGGAGGUGGUGGAAGAACCAGCAAGCACCCCGCUCUCAGAUCCUAUAGGCGAAGAUGGUGACGGGAAGGCAAAGAAGCAAAAGCGGCAUACAAGCAAGAAGAAGAAAAAGCGGAGGAGGAAGGAGGAGGAGAAGCAGGAGAAGAAGUCUCCCUCGCGCUCUCGUUCAGAGAGCACUUCAGCCUCCGGAACAGAGUCUGAGGCAGAAUCCCGGCCCCCCUCGGGACUGCCAGCCACAGUGUCCCCCCUGAUCUCCACAGAGAAGGACCCGGGGCGGGUGUCACCCCUGCCCACAGCUGAGGCCAUCUCGGUCAAAUGUGAGUCCAUGGACGUUGCAGACCAGGACGAGGACUCAAAGCCUAACGUGAGAGAAACACCGUGUCUGCCCAUCGAGAAGGGUGUGCCCUCCUCCCCUGAAAGGGAGGACUCUGCAACUGUGGAAGAUAUGGGAGGUGCAGAGCACAACGGCGAACAGGCAGGUUUUUGCAAAGCGCAGGAUCUGCCUGAUAUAAUUCCUAAGCUGGAGAGCGUGCAUAGGGAAGAGCCAGCGAAGAAGGAGUCGGACGUCACAGCGGACACAAACGGGAAACGCGAGGAGGAAAGCGAAGAGAAGCGCGGAAGCCGCUCCAGAUCGCGGUCCAGGUCACGUUCCCUCUCGAAGGUGAAGAGAGAGACGUCUCGGCAAACCCCGGCGAAAAAGAGCCGCAGUCGCUCUGUGAGCCCAAAGCGGACAUCGGGAAAGCUCGAUUCCCAGAAGGCCCGUUCCUCUUCCAGGAGGAGGUCCAGAUCUGGCUCUAGAAGGAAGAGCAGCCCUAAGAGGAAGCGCUCUAGGUCUCGCUCUGGGAGGCGCAAGUCUAGAUCUCCUUCUGUAAGGAGGUCUGGCCGCAAGUCCAGAUCUCUCUCCACCAAGAGGCGACGGCGCUCAGACUCCAGGUCUCGGACCAGGAACAGGAGAUCAAAAUCCAGGUCCGUCAGACGCAGACAGACGAGAUCCAGAUCCAUUGUGCGUCUGCGCCGUUCACGGUCGCGAUCUCUGUCGAGACGCAAGCGCUCUCAGUCCAGAUCGAAGAGGUCGCGGUCUCGCCGGCGCACCCGGCGAUCUCGGUCUCGCUCAGUCAGGCGGAGUCGCCGCUCCAGGUCGCGGUCCCGCUCCCGCCACCGAAGGUCCCGGUCCAGGUCCUUCAGGAGGACCAGGCGAACCCGAUCCAGGUCCAUCGUCAUACUGAGACGAUCGAGGUCUAGGAGAAACAGACGGUCAAGGUCAGUACGGCGGAACAGAUCCAGAUCCAGGUCCCCGAAAAGAAAGCGAUCUAAAUCUCAUUCACCACGCCGAUCUCGCCGUUCCAAGUCUAGGUCGCCGGUGAGGCGGAGGCGCUCAAAAUCCAGGUCACCAAGAAGGAAUGGGUCUAAAUCAAAAUCUCCUCAUCGGAGUAAGCGGUCAAAGACGAGAUCCCCAGCAAGACGGCAUCGGUCGAAGUCAAAAUCUCCCAGACGUGGUGGUAAACGUUCUAAAUCUCCUAAGAGGAGUAAGCAUUCGAAAUCAAGUUCCCCAGAUAGAAACAAAUCAAAAUCCAGAUCUGUCUCAAGAGAAGCAAGCUCCUCCCCGACCAAAGAAGGCCUAAGCGGUUCCAAGGCCGGAUCACCUGACAAAAGCCAACAUGAUGUAGACCCAACCUCGACUGAACCACCGGGUAAAGAAGUUAUGUCGGAAGAACUUCAUUCGCACGAUGGGAAUAUGUCAGAAAACAUUGUGAAGGAAGAAACCAUCCUGGAUUCUGCUAACGUUGAGGUGGGACAGUCUGCUGUCAUGUCUGGAGACCACAAUGCUGAUUAUUCAGAGCCGGCCACUGCCUCCACCGGAGGCUGGAAACCAGUGCCCUUCUUAGUCGACAGCAGGGCAAAGUCUGCACCCGUAUUGGAGGCAGUCAACACCUCAAAGGCAAACGCCUCCAUUCCAGAGCAGUCCCAUGAAAACAGAUCUCCACAGAGGGGUCCUGUUGACAAGUGCUUUACCCCUGAGAUGCCUUCGACCAAUCAGGACCCGUCAGAGCUGACGGCACACUACACUGCCUCCACUGAUGUUCAGUCCAGACCAGCCUCUGACUUGCAUAACCUUGAAAGUCUCAGCAAGAUGCUGAGUGCAUACGAAGGUGGAGAGAAGCAACCUGCCUCCAGAUCCAGGUCUGUGUCACCGCAGUCUGACGGGCCAUCCGAAUCUCGCCCCUUGUUGCCAGAUCAAUCUGAAAUGGAGGCGUUGGGCCAGGCUGACGUGAGUGGAGAUAAAACUGGGGCAGAGGAUAUGUCUCCACAUGAGCGCCAGAGCUCAAGGUCGAGAUCCCCCGCCAACCGCGACAGCGAGCGCUCUAGAUCGCCGUCUCCGUCAGCGUUAGCCAAGCCUCCUGCCGUGGAGGAUUCCAAAUCCCCCUCAGUGAGCAAAAACGAAAAAUCCUCAAAACAAAGGCGAUCUUCAGCAUCUCCUGCCAGAAAGAAACAGUCAAGAUCUAGAACGCCCUCGAGGAGGAAGAGGUCCAAGUCCAGGUCGCCUGCUCGUCGGAAGCGUUCAAGGUCCACCUCAUCUUCACGAAGGAAGCGAUCCCAGUCCAAGUCUGUGAGUCGAAGGAAGAAGUCAAAGUCAAAAUCUCCGGCCAGGAGGAGGAAAUCCAGAUCUCCCUCACGCGGUCGAAGGAAGAAGUCUAAAUCCAGGUCUCCUGCCAGAAGGAGACGGUCGAGGUCUAAGUCUGCAGCUAGAAAGCGGAAAUCGCGUUCAAAGUCGAGAACUAGAACCAAGCGGUCUAAGUCCAGGUCCCCUCGAAGGAAACGGUCGAAGUCCAGGUCGCCAGCCAGAAAGAAACGAUCAAAGUCUCGCUCACCGGCGCGGAGGAGGAGAUCCAAAUCGGCAGACAAAAGCAAACGCUCCAAAUCCCGGUCUCCGGCCAGGAAGAGGAGGUCACGGUCGAGGUCCAGGGCCCGGCGAUCUCGGUCCAGGAGGUCGCGGUCCAGUUCCCGCCGGAGGAGGAGCGGCUUCCCCUUGGAUCGGCGCGACCGGUGGAGACGCACGCCGAGCCACUCCCCCAUCCUCAUCCUCCGCAAGAGGAGGUCCACCUCGCGCACACGCCGCAGCUCCAGCAAGACCCCGCCUCGCCUCACUGAGCUGGAUAAGGACCAGCUGCUGGAAAUCGCCAAGGCCAACGCGGCCGCCAUGUGCGCCAAGGCCGGAGUGCCUAUCCCCGAGAGCCUGAGGCCCAAGGCCAUCCUGCAGCUGCCCUUGCCGACGCCAGUGCCGACCCCCCUGUCCCUGCCCCUGCCCCUCCCCAUGAAUCUGCCCAUGAACCUGCCCAUGAACAUGGCCAACAUGCCCAACAUGAGCAUGCCUAACAUGCCCAAUAUGCCCAACAUGAGCAUGAACGCGGCUGUGGCCACCAUGAACGCCGCCCUCUCCACCAUGAGCGCCCUGUCGGCCAUGCCCACCAUGCCUGCCCUGCCCACCAUCACCAACAAGCCCCCACCCAUGGCCAUGCCCAACACCGCCAACAUCGAGGAGGUCAAGAGGAAGGUGACGCAGAAGGCCAACAGCAUCAGCAUCAAGGAGCUCACAGAGAAGUGCAAGAAGAUCGCAGAGAGCAAGGAGGAGAUGGCCAUCGCCAAACCGCACGUCUCCGACGACGAGGAUGACGAGAAGCCAAGGGAGAACAAGGGAACCUCCUUCAGCCUGAGUUAACCCCACCCCCUUCACACCCGUGCCACCCAUCCCAACCACCCCGCCCCGUUCCACCCCCCCUCGUCCCCUUGGUGAUGCCAGCGGCCCUUGUUAAAGAGCUCCGGGUGCCGCCAGGGUCUCAACACCGCCAGACGGAGGGUGGAUGUGGUCUACGGGGAUCCCUUGGACAAAGAGAAGGACAGGGAGGGGGCAGGGGCAGCGAUUGUGCCUCACCUGACACUCCUGUCCAGGUGGGAAAUGCUCCUCUGCCGCUGUCCCCAGCUGCCACAGCGGGUUAUCGAAAAUGAGGGACAGUCGCUUGCUCCAGCUGACCCAACCGUACACCCACACAAAAUACUCCCAGUUUUGCUCUGAGGCCCCCUAUCUGUAGGGAGGACAAACUGCACAGAGCUAGAGUGUAUCACACUGUGUCUGAGAGAGAAAUUUCAGGGCAAAUAGACAUUCCCUGUUCCAAGAGCCCCAAAUUUAGACUGGUUUGAUUAUUGAUUAGGAUGAUGAAUGUUUGUAGCCAAGGCUUUUAAAUGGUGGGUGCUUUCUGGUAAAAUGUUAAAAAAAAAAGGGUAAAAGAAAAACCCAUAUCUAGAUGGUCCACAGUACAACAGCAGGCCAUGGGGGAUUGGUGCCAGCUUUCCAAAGACACUUCACCAUUGGGCUGUUGGUGAUCUAAUGGGUGGCAGAAAGACAAAAAAUUAAAGGUUUCUUGUGAAGGACUUAAGCUUAGCUGUUUGCCCUUUUUUCUGUAUUGAAUUUUUGCUUUUUUCCCUUUCUGUUUUAAACCAUUAAAUAUUCAGUCACGAGUUGAAUGUGUGAGUGAUUGCUGAGCUCCGUGGCCGGAUGCGUGCCUGUUCCCAGCAUGCAACUCUGUGUAAUGGACCGCGUCCCACCUAUCAGAUGGCUGCUGAGUGGCUUACCUGUGCAUAAUGUUGCCAUGACGACAUUAACCCUGAUUCAUCAUGUCCUUCGGCGCAGCCCGUGCUUAGGAUAGUUGGUAAACCAAUAAAGGCCGACAUCAGCGCAUUAGUUCUAGCGUUUGCUCCCAACACCUUGGGGUCUGUUUGAAAUUUCAGAUUUUGGAGCUUUUGUCUUCUUUGAUUAGGAUUGUUCUGAAGCUGCGUGAUGGAUCAGGUCGUAAUUCAUCUGUAGGUUAUAAACCACAAUCUGACACCGCAAAUUUUGUUUUUAAAAAAAAAAAGUGAAAAAAAGAACUGAUGCAUUGUGCAAAGAAAAAAAAUGUUUCGAUGUUUCCGACAUCUUUACUGUAUUGUGUAAUGUUUCCGUGUUUUUUUUGGUGCAUUUUGUAUUUUUUUUUUUUUUCUUCCUGUGUUGUUUCUGACAGCACUCUGCUCAGAGCGUCCUGACUGUGGCAUGUCUUAGGGGGUAGUCCUGCCCCUGGGUCACCCGAUUCUCCACAUCUUAGCAAGAUGGCGGAGAGAAAAUGGUAAAAUGCUGUUCCUGGGCUUUUGCUGCUUUGGGGGGAGGGUUGGGUGGUUGAGGCAGCAUAGAGGGUGGCAGGCAUGUGGGCAGAGGGAUCUCGCUGCUCUGUGAUCCUGUCCUGAUUCCACACAGGGACCACUCCCCUUCUCGUCCUAGCCUCCAAAUCGCAGCCCUGUGGGGUCUGUGUCCCCAUCCGGUUCUUGGUUUUCCCUGCUGCGUGCCACAAGGCAGCUGUCUACCAGCCCUGCGUCACACAAAAAUAACUGCAGUUAAAACACAGUCACGCGU